AUUCAAAUAUAUUCAUAAUGUUAUUGUUGUCUUGUGGUUGUAGUUCAUUAUAAAAUUAACUAGAGAUUUUAUUUAAAUGAAUUAUCUCUGUUCUCUAUAUAGUGUGACAAAUUGGAUAUAAGAUAAAUAUAUGAUAGUAUAUGAAACAGUUCUGACAAAUUUGAAGUGCGUUUGUUCUAUUACUACCUCGCGUGACAAAGUUUCUUGGGAGGUUAUUUUUUUGUAGUGCUAAAUAAUUUUUAAAACAUAAAGUAGAAAAAAUAUACUUACAUAAACAUUUUUCUCUCAUCAGUUUUGUAAAUGAUUUGGGUAUUAAUUCCCAAAAAAUAUCAAUGAGAUAUGCAGCAUCAAAUUAAACAGAGGCACCCACAAUCCUUACUGCAUAAGUGUUAUAAUUAUAGUGGAUUUAAUAGCGUCAUAAAAUUACAAGAUGUCUGCAGUAGAAACGCCACAUUUCAUACGUACCAUCGAAUGGGAUAUGAUGGAUAAGACCAAAUUUUUUCCAUUGAGCAUGCUCUCAUCAUUUUCUGUCCGCUGCUGUCUAUAUCCCUUAACAGUAAUUAAAACCCGCUUACAAGUUCAGAAACAUAACGACAUGUACAAUGGAAUGCUAGAUGCUUGCAGAAAGAUUUACAAGGUAGAAGGUAUAGGUGGUCUGUAUAGAGGAUUUUGGAUAAGUUCUAUACAAACUGUGUCUGGUGUAUUUUAUGUAUCUACUUACGAAGGAAUGCGUCAUAUACUUGGACAGAGUGAUGUUAUAGGUAAUAUAGACUCACGAGUAAAAGCAUUAAUUGCUGGUGGAGCUGCUAGUUUGGUAGGACAGACAAUAGUAGUUCCCUUUGAUGUUCUAAGUCAGCACUUAAUGGUACUGGGGAUCAAUUACAAUAAACGUGGAAGAUAUAUAGAUCAGAUGGGUAUAAAUCCAUUGGGUUUAAUUCUUGAGCCAGGAAAAUCCCGGACUCAAAUUUCGGCAGAUAUUAUCAGGUUAAUUUAUCGGAGAGAUGGCUAUAGAGGUUUUUAUAGAGGAUAUGUUGCAUCAUUGUGCGCUUAUGUUCCCAAUAGUGCUCUUUGGUGGGGAUUAUAUACAUCAUACCAGGAUGAACUUCUAAGAUUGUUCCCAGAGUGGGUCUCUCACUUGUUUAUUCAAGCUAUUGCUGGUACAUUAGGAGGAUUUACCACAACAAUUAUUACAAAUCCUUUAGAUAUUGUACGGGCAAGGUUACAAGUACAAAGAUUAGAUAGUAUGUUUAAUACAUUCAAAGUUUUAUGGGUGGAAGAAAGAUUGCAAAUGUUCACAAAGGGACUUUCCGCGCGCCUUGUGCAGUCUGCUUGUUUUAGUUUUUCAAUAAUUCUAGGAUAUGAAACUAUUAAAAGAUUCAGUAUAAUUGAAGAGUACAAAGGUUACAUUAGAUGGUGAAUUUAUUCUCUAAAACUUGUAAUAGUUGUUUUCUUGUCAUGCAUUUUUUGACAAAUUCUGUUGUAUUUUAAGCAAAAGCAACUGAGAUACGCACCAAAGAGAAAAGAAUAAGAUCAUUAAUGAUCUUAGUGAUUUAUAAAUUAUAUUCAUAAUAGUACAUUUUAAUGCAAUGUAAUUGCAAUCAUGGUUAAUAGGUAUGAUGAAAACAUGACGAAAUGUUUAUUUUCAAUAAUAAAAGUAAUUAUAAAUUUUAACAAGAAUAUAAUUACGUGUUAAUCGUA